AUGACAAAACCCGCAGGCGCCCCUUGCCGCACCUACGACCUCGCUGAAGGCGGGGGCUCAGGUCCGGGCGAACCUGAGGUGCCAUUUGGCUGUUCCUUGAACGUUGCUUUUGCCUCCUUCCCCAGCAGACACACCAGCGACACGGGAGCAGGAAACUGUACAGGAGUAUCUCGGUUCCUCCUCCCGGGCCUCUCAGACGCGCCUGAACUGCGGCCCCUCCUCUUCGGAGUGUUCGUGUCCACGGACCCGGUCACUGUGCCGGGGAACCUGCUCACCAUCCUGGCCGUCAGCUCAGACUCCCACCUCCACACCCCCAGGUGCUUCUUCCUCGCCAGCCUCUCCUUUGUUGACGUCUGCUUCAUCUCCACCACUGUCCCAAGGAUGCUAGUAAACAUCCAGACACAGAGCAAAGGCAUCUCCCACACGGGGUGCCUCACUCAGCUGUACCUGUUUAUGAUUUUUGCUGUGAUGGGUAGCUGUCUCCUGACUGUGGUGGCCUAUGACCGGUGUGUGGCCAUCUGCCAUCCCCUGCGCUACAGGGCCUUCAGAAACCCCCGCUUCUGCGGCCUCCUGGUUCUGAUGCGUUGGCUCGUCGUUUUCUGGGUUGCCCCGCUUCGUAUGCUACUGUUGAGGUGGCUGAUGGUCUGUACUGGCACUGAAAUUCCACGUUUCUUCUGUGAACCGGCUCAGAUUGUCCAGGUGGCCUGCCCUGACACCCGCAUCCAUAACAUCUUCUUGUUUGUGGCCACUGCCCUGCUGGGUGUGCUUCCCCUCACUGGAAUCCCCUUCUCGUACUCUCGAAUUGUCUCCUCUUUAAUGAGAAUCUCCUCCGCAGCGGGAAAAUAUGAAGCAUUUUCCACCUGUGGGUCUCACCUCUCUGUGGUUGCCUUGUUCUAUGGGACAGGCGUGGGGAUCUAUCUCACUUCUGCUGUGACCCAUUCUCCCCAGAGAAGCUCCAUUGCCUCAGUGAUGUACACCGUGCUCACCCCCAUGCUGAACCCCUUCAUCUACUGCCUGAGGAACAAGGAUGUGAAGGGGGCCCUGGGAAAGCUCCUCGGUUUAGGUACCACUUGUCUGCGAGGGGCCACUGGCCUCAGAACUAAGUGGACACUCAUCCCCACUGCACAGCAGCCUGACUGCCACUGUCAGCACCAGGUGGAACCUACUUUUCCCAAUGUGUGA